AUGUUCCUGACCGCGCUCCUGUGCCGCAACCGCAUCCCCGGCCGGCAGUGGAUCGGAAAGCAUCGGCGGCCGCGCCGCGUGUCCUUCCAGGCGAAGCAGAACACUCUGCGCCGCCUGGAGACGGAGGCGGAGAACCACUACUGGCUGAGCGCGCCCUUCCUGAGCGCCGCGCAGGAGUUCGGGCACGCCGCGGCCCGCAGGGCGGCCGCCUUCGAGGCCAUCAAGGCGGCCAAGGAGGCCAAGUUCCCGCAGCACCGGCGGCUCGCCGACCACCUCGGCCACUUCAGCGUCACCAGGAAGUGGGCCUGA